AACCUGAAUCUCCCAACUGAUCUACCACUACUUCAAUUCAUGCAUACUUUGAUCACGGAGAGACAGCGAGAGAGAGAGAACAUUUUUCUAGAAAUAGAUAACAAAGAGUGGAGAGAAAGAGAAAACCGGAAAGAAAAUUUUCGUUUUCCUGGAAAGGGAAUAGAAAUGCAUGAAUCAUCUGUGUUCGGUUGUUCCGAUUUGAUCACCUCCUUUCGAUCUUUGCGCUCUCUUGUUCUUCCUCUCUUCCUUUGCCACAACAAUCACUUCCUUUUUUCCUUUUCUCACUUUCUUUGUCUCUGAUUCUUGAAGAAGAGCUUCAAAAUCUGUAGAAGCAACCAACUGGGGGCAGAAAGAUCUUAUUUUGAGUAUCCCCCUCAAUCAUCCCUUUCUAAUUAAAUUCUGGGUCGGUUUCGAUUUCUUCAAAAGCUUCAAAUAGUGCGAUUCACUUCCUAGCAGUGUUGUUGUGUCCGAGGUUAUGGCGAUGACGUGGCAAUGAGGGGUGUGGCAGAGAGAUGAAGGGUAUUCAGGUGAGAUGCGACAAGCUUCAGGGUUCAGUGAUUCCGAGGAGCCGUUUGCGGGUUUGGUUCAUUCGAGUGUGUUCAAGCAUUGUGCUAUGGACAUGCCUGGUUCAGUUAGUGACAGUUAGUGAACUUUGGCAUUCCCGUUUCCUUUUUGGGAUUACUAGUCGAAUAUAUCACACUACACAACGUCCUCUCCGACCACAAAAUGCACUUUCUCAACCUCCUCCUCCUUUUCUUCCUGCAAGAAAUUAUACAAGGAAUGGUUUUCUAAGAGUCUCCUGCAAUGGGGGAUUGAAUCAAAUGCGGGCAGCGAUUUGUGAUAUGGUGACAGUUGCUCGAUUUUUGAAUCUAACGUUGGUUGUUCCGGAGCUUGAUAAGAAAUCCUUUUGGGCAGACCCUAGUAAUUUCGAGGACAUUUUUGACGUGAGACAUUUCAUUUAUUCUUUACGAGAUGAAGUUCAAAUACUGAAGAGAGUACCCAAAAGGGUUAGUAGGAAAAGUGGAUACUUCACCCUCGAGAUGCCUCCUGUUAGCUGGUCUAAUGAAAAAUAUUACUUGGAGCAGAUUCUGCCACUUUUUGGCAAGCAUGAGGUGGUACACUUCAACAAAACUGAUUCACGUCUAGCAAACAAUGGUCUCCCGCUUGAACUACAGAAACUUAGGUGUCGUGUUAAUUACCAAGCUCUUAAGUUCACUCCUCAAAUUGAGAAUUUGGGCCAAAAAUUGAUUCAGAUACUUCGUCAGAAGGGAUCUUUUGUGGCAUUGCAUCUGAGAUAUGAGAUGGACAUGUUGGCUUUCUCAGGUUGUACUCUUGGUUGUACUGAUGAAGAAGCUGAGGAGCUCAAGCGGAUGAGGUAUGCAUUCCCUUCCUGGAGAGAAAAGGAGAUAGUCUCUGAAGAGAGGAGAUCACAGGGUUUCUGUCCUUUGACACCAGAGGAGGCAGCCCUAGUUAUGCAAGCCUUAGGUAUUGAUAAGGAAACACAGAUUUAUAUUGCAGCUGGUGAGAUUUAUGGUGGUGAACGAAGACUAGCACAGCUUAGAGCUGCCUUUCCAAGAAUUGUUAAAAAGGAGACAUUGCUGGCCCAUGAUGAGUUGCAGCAGUUUCAGAAUCAUUCGUCACAGAUGGCAGCUUUGGAUUUUAUGGUUUCAGUAGCCAGUAACACCUUUAUUCCUACCUAUUAUGGGAACAUGGCAAAACUUGUGGAAGGCCAUCGAAGGUAUUCUGGUUUUAAAAAAUCCAUCUUAUUGGAUCGAAAAAAGCUUGUAGAAUUUCUUGAUAUGCAUCAAAAUGGUACCCUUCCAUGGAAUGAGUUUGCAAAUGCUGUGCAAGAGGUUCAUGAAAAGAGAAUGGGCCAGCCAGCUUAUCGUAGAGUUAUUGUAGACAAGCCGAAGGAGGAGGAUUAUUUCUAUGCCAAUCCUCAUGAAUGCCUCUGUGAGGAAACCAAGUGUGAUGACUUGCUAAGUCCUCUUAACUCUAGUCAAAUACGAUGAGCACAAGCUGUCAAAUGUCGAAAUGCUCUCUUCUGCCCAACUGAGUUUGAAAGAGAAAUUUAUCAGUUGCACCUUCCCACUCCCACACUUGCUCAAGUGCUGUACACAUGACCUUGAUAAAUAUGUACACAUGAAUUUGUAGAAAACCAUGGAAAGGAAAGUAAAAGAGAAAAGAAAAAAGGAAAAAAAAGAAGGAAAUGUCAGCUUCUAGUGAAGCUUGCAUAGCUGUAUCUUCAAAUUUACCCUUCAUUAAUUAAUUUAU